GAACCAAGGGCAGCACAACAGUAACCGGUGGGCAUCCAUUGCGUUGCUUCGUGCUUGUGUCCGAUUCUGGCAGCAUCGGCGAAAUCCGUCCUCCAGAUGUAAGAAGCUCCUUGGGGUUUUUCUUGGUCCAGAUUCAAAAGAAGCGAAGGACGGAAGGAGGAGGAGGAGGAUGCCCACCAAAAAUUUCCGGAAGCGGAGCCUCGAGCAAGACCCUGACUCCGAAGACGAGGAGGAGCGCAGGUUGGUGUUGGAGGAGGUGAAGUUCCUUCAAAAGCAGCGGGAACGGAAGCCGGGGAUCCCCGCCCUCCCCACCGCCGAAUCCGCUCCUCGCCGCCCCGGCGAGAAGGCUGAUGCCGAUGGCGAGAAGGAGGACCUUGUCCUCCAGGACACUUUUGCCCAGGAGACCGCCGUGACCGUCGAGGACCCCAACAUGUUGAAGUAUGUGGAGCAGGAGUUGGCCAAGAGGAGAGGCAAGAAGAUCGAUGCUGGUGACAAAGAAGAGAAGGAUCCCAUGGAUGAACUCUAUGUUGUGCCGGAGCAUCUCAAGGUGAAAAAGAGGAACUCAGAAGAGAGUUCUACUCAGUGGACCACCGGCAUUGCUGAGGUUCAGCUUCCCAUCGAAUAUAAGUUACGAAAUAUUGAAGAAACAGAGGCUGCUAAAAAGCUCUUGCAAGAGAAGCGACUUGUGGGUAAAACUAAAUCCGAGUUGAAUAUUCCCUCAAGUUACAGUGCUGACUAUUUUCAACGCGGUCGAGAUUAUGCUGAAAAACUUCGAAGAGAACAUCCAGAAUUGUACAAAGACCGAGGUACGCAAGCUAAUGACGUGGGAACCAAAUCAACUGAAACUAACAAUCCAGAUGCUCCAGGGAGGAGGCAAGCUGCCACAGAUGAGUUCAUGCUUGAGCGUUUUCGCAAGAGAGAAAGAAAUCGUGUCAUGCGCAGAUAGUAGUUGAUGGAGGCUAGAGGCAGGAGAAUGUAAUGGAUGAUGAUGUGGCAUCUCUUGAGGUAGACAGGCUAGGUGAAGGAUUGUGGGAUUGCUACUUUGGGAGAUGCUUAAAAUAGUACUGCACGGGCAAUGUGCUGAAGGAAGGAAGUAAUCUGAAGGAAAUGUAAGCUAUGCUUCGCAGUUGACUGCUUCCAAGUGACAUGUUUUUUUUCCAUGUAGUUGAUUUAGAAAAUCAAUCUAUGAACUUGUAUCGAUUGGCUUUUAUACUCUCAUUUGGAAUCCCUUCUUGCCUAUCCUGUCAAAAUUUUGGUCUUUAACAAUUGAAAAGCACGGUUGCACAAUGAGUUUCUUAACUUCAUGGUGGGGGAUGCUCUGUUGCA